AUCAUUCACCGAGACCUUGCGGCCCGUAAUGUGUUGGUUGGACAAAAGGAAACUUGUAAAGUGACAGACUUUGGAAUGGCCAGAGAUGUGCAGCAGGAAAAUAUUUAUGAACGAAAGACCAAGGGCCGUCUUCCCGUGAAGUGGACAGCUUAUGAGGCCUUGUUGUAUGGUAAAUAUACCACAAAAAGUGACGUAUGGUGUUAUGGAGUUUUGUUGUACGAGAUUUUCACCAUAGGCGGUUCACCUUACCCACGAAUGGAUGGAAGAAAAAUUGUAAACUUACUUCAGGAUGGAUACAGGAUGCCUAAGCCACAACACGUUGAUGAGGAAUUGUAUCAGAUUAUGAUGAAAUGCUGGAAGAAUGACCCAGAUGCAAGACCAACCUUCACUAAAUUGAAAAAUCAGCUUAAGGACAUAGAAACCCAACACAAGGUGAGAAUUUUGAUUAACAUGAAAGUUUCUUUUCACGUGGGACCGACUUGCUUAGGCUCAGCUAAAUAG